AUGUCGUCAGAACAUAAACGGGUCAAUAUAAAUAGCAAUGCCGAUUUUUCUAUCUCUCAAAGUUCAAUUUUACCCUCUGAAUCGACAAUCGAAAAUACUGAUGAUACGCAUUUUCAUGAAUAUGACUACGAUGAUAAAUUGGAUGUUCCCACUGUUUCCUUUUGUUGUGGAGAACCCCAAUUUGUCAGAAAAUUUAAAAAGUUGGAAAAUCAACCACAAAUAUUACAAAUCCGUACGACUGAUCAGGAAAAAAUUUCAGAUGAUGAUGUGACAAUUAUUAAUUCAAUUAUGAAAAAUGUCAAACUCUCUGAUUCUGCUGUGCCUGAAUGGGCAAAGAUUAUUCCUGAAGAAGCUUGGUUACCUGUGAUUAUUAAUAAUAGUAAAGAUACUCCUAAUAGUACUAAUAGUACUAUUUCAAAAUGCUGUGAUUUGAAUACUAAUAAUUAUUAG